AUGCGUGAGAUUAUACACCUCCAAACCGGCCAAUGUGGCAACCAAGUCGGUACAGCAUUCUGGCAAACCAUUCACGGCGAGCACGGGCUUGAUCAAGAUGGAGUAUUCCGCGGCUCUGAUGAGCAGCAGUCCGAGAGGCUGAGCGUCUACUUCACCGAGGCUGCCAAACAAAAGUACGUUCCUCGUGCAGUCCUGGUUGACCUUGAGCCCGCAACCAUGGAUGCAAUCCGUUCCGGUCCCCUUGGUGACUUCUUCCGUCCCGACAACAUGGUCUACGGACAGUCCGGCGCGGGUAACAACUGGGCAAAGGGCCACUACACCGAAGGCGCCGAGCUGGUUGACCAAGUCCUCGACGUCGUGCGCCGCGAAGCCGAAGCCUGCGACAGUCUGCAGGGUUUCCAGAUCACGCACUCCCUCGGUGGCGGCACCGGCUCUGGCAUGGGCACCCUCCUCAUCGCAAAGGUCCGCGAGGAAUUCCCUGAUCGUAUGAUGGCGACCUUCUCUGUCCUGCCGUCUGCCAAGGUCUCUGAGGUCGUUGUCGAGCCGUACAAUGCGACCUUGUCGAUUCAUCAGCUCGUCGAAAACUCGGACGAGACGUUCUGUAUCGACAACGAGGCCCUGUAUGAUAUCUGCCGCCGCACCCUGAAGCAAGCGCACCCGUCCUACGGACAUCUCAACCACCUGGUGUCCAGGGUCAUGUCCGGCUUGACGACGGGCUUCCGCUUCCCGGGGCAAUUGAACGCCGACCUCCGCAAGCUGGCCGUGAACCUCGUCCCCUUCCCCAGACUUCACUUCUUCACCGUCGGAUUCGCGCCGCUCACCUCCUCGGCCUCCUUCUCAAACCUGGGUAUCGCCGAGCUCACGCAGCAGAUGUUCGACCCGAAGAACGUCAUGUUGGCGUCUGAUUUCCGUGACGGACGCUUCUUGACUUGCUCCACCAUGUUCCGUGGAAAGGUGUCCAUGAAGCAGGUCGAGGAACAGAUCCAGGCCAUCAAGAACAAGAACUCAGCCAACUUCGUGGAGUGGAUCCCGAAUAACAUCCAGACUGCUCAUUGCUCUGUGCCGCCCAAGGGACUGGACGUAUCAUCGACGUUCAUUGGAAACUCCACCGCAAUCCAGAACAGUUUCCGCAGAGUCGGCGACCAGUUCAGCCUCAUGUUCCGGAGAAAGGCUUUCUUGCAUUGGUACACUGGAGAGGGCAUGGAUGAGAUGGAAUUCACUGAGGCCGAGUCUAACAUGAACGAUCUGGUAUCCGAGUACCAGCAGUACCAGGAUGCAGGCAUGGAUGACGAGUACGGCGAAGAGUACGAAGACGAGGCUCCUGCUGAGGAGGAAUGA